UACCGACUGGUCUCUGUGCACGUUCGCGGAGCCGCGAGGAUGAAGCACCGGUCACCUUCAGAGCAGCAUCACGGGAAACAUCCCCGUGUCGGUGACUGUGUAGCGGCCGCCUCCAGCACAGCGCAGGACGGAAUGGAGGACAAAAACGCCUCUACUCAUCGCGAACUCACCCAGAACCCCCUGAAGAAAAUAUGGAUGCCGUAUAAAAACGGGCUUCCCGAAAAACACAUUUCUCAAAGAAAGGUAUGCAUGACCAACUGUCCCACCCUGAUUGUAACUGUGGGCCUUCCUGCCAGAGGAAAGACAUACAUCUCCAAAAAGCUGACUCGCUACCUGAACUGGAUCGGCGUUCCCACCAGAGAGUUCAACGUGGGGCAGUACAGACGUGACUUUAUGAAGAUCUACAAAUCUUUUGAGUUUUUUCGUCCGGACAACGAGGAGGGUUUAAAGAUCAGACAGCAGUGUGCGUCAGCGGCGCUGAACGACGUGCGGCAGUACCUCGCAGAGGACGGAGGCCAAGUUGCAGUUUUUGAUGCAACAAACACCACCAGGGAGAGAAGAGAAACAAUCAUUCAGUUUGCUGAACAGAAUGGCUUUAAGGUGUUUUUUGUGGAAUCUGUGUGUGAAGACCCAGAUGUCAUUCAAGAAAACAUUGUGCAAGUGAAGCUGUGCAGCCCCGACUACACAAACUGUAACACAGAUGAGGCCGUGGAGGAUUUUAUGCAGAGGAUCAAGUGUUAUGAAAACUCCUAUGAGACGCUGGAUGAAGUUCUGGACAGGGAUCUUUCCUACAUUAAAAUCAUAGACGUGGGUCAGCGGUAUUUGGUCAAUAGAGUGCUGGACCACAUCCAGAGCCGGAUCGUGUACUACCUCAUGAACAUCCACAUCACGCCGCGCUCCAUCUACCUGUGCCGCCAUGGAGAGAGCGAGCUCAACGUUAAGGGUCGGAUCGGUGGAGAUUCUGGUCUCACUACACGGGGAAAACAGUUUGCAAAGAAGUUGGCUCAGUUCAUCCAGACUCAGAGCAUUGUGGACCUGAAGGUGUGGACGAGUCAGAUGAAGAGGACCAUCCAGACAGCAGAGGCUCUUGCUGUUCCUUAUGAACAGUGGAAAGCACUCAAUGAGAUUGAUGCUGGUGUUUGCGAGGAGAUGAUGUAUGAGGAGAUCCAGGAGAGUCACCCUCUGGAGUUCGCCCUGAGGGAUCAAGACAAGUAUCGCUAUCGCUACCCGAAAGGAGAGUCCUAUGAGGAUCUGGUGCAGCGGUUGGAGCCGGUCAUCAUGGAGCUGGAAAGGCAGGAGAACGUGCUGGUCAUCUGUCACCAGGCCGUCAUGCGCUGUCUGUUAGCUUACUUUUUGGACAAAUCAGCUGAGGAGCUGCCGUACCUGAAGUGCCCGCUGCACACCGUGCUGAAGCUGACGCCUGUGGCCUACGGUUGUAAAGUGGAGUCCAUCAGCCUGAACGUGGACGCUGUCAACACGCACAGAGAAAAACCUGAGAACGUAGAUGUGACUCGGAUGUCAGAGGAGGCUUUGAUUACUGUACCAGCUCACCAGUGAGGCAGCUGGCCCUCCUCAGCACCCGACCCCCCCCCCCGACAUUUAAUAUUCAUACGCACAAUGAUUCACUUCAGAACUUCCAAACACGUGGAUGUCGAUUGUCUUCUUUUUUUCUUGAAAGCUCUAUUUGAAGACAUGUUGGUGAUGGUACUUAACUGGAAUCCAGUUAGUAAUUUUUCCAAAAAUGAAUCCUGUCAUGGAUCUUUUUGUGCACAUUCUCCUCUUUUUGCAGAGUGAUUGAAAGAAAAAAAAGCUCACACUGUGAAGCGAUGAAGCUCCAGCACUUUUUCCAUGAAAGCGUUUAUCACACUUUGAUCAUUUUUGAAUAAAUAAUGUUCAGUUCAUUUUACUUUCUGCUUUUAUUUUGGAGAGUCAGGAAGCGCUUUGUUAAGUUAUUAUUAUUUUGAAUAAAUUGAUCUGAUAAAUCCGCACAGUUUUAAAAAAAAGCUUUGAGAUAAUUUGCGUGAGCUGCAAAGCAGCCAAAUUUACAGACAGGCACGUCUCUGGACAGCUCAGUGCUGCAAAAAUGGAAGCUCCGCUUCAAUGUCUUCAACCGUCUUCUUACAGGCAGAUCUUUGUGGAUCCUGACUGUCAGAAGCCCUUUAGAAUGUUUUUUUUAACAGAUGGAGGAUAAAAACAUUUCUAAACAUUUUUGGUGGGGGGGAGAAAAGUAUCAAUCAUUGAAGCAAACACUCAUGUUUUCUGUUUUUGCACAUGAACACAUUUUGUUUAGCUUCUUGGGAAGUGUAAAACCCCCCGUUUAUGUUGUGAAACAAUGUGAAGCCAUUACUUUCAUAUCAAUUUCAUUUCAGAUGAUCUUUCUGUUGACUGUCUCUAAAAUAAACUAAAGCAUUCCACAAA